CCCAAACUCAAAGUAGGGUUUUGUUCACGCCCAGCAAAACUGCUCCCGAAUUGGGGCAAAAGUCACGGAGCAAAAAAUGGAAAAAUCUCGUUUAGAUCUCAAGAAACCAAUUGAAGACUCGAUCUCUAAGAUCCGAUUCGCCCCAAACUCUAACAAUCUCCUCAUCUCCUCUUGGGAUUCUAUACUUCGGCUGUAUGAUGUGGAUGGGUCCGUGAUGAGAUUUGAAGCUCAAUCAGAAGGAGCGCUUCUCGAUUGCUGCUUCCAGGAUGAGUUUACUGCUCUUUCUGCUGGCUCCGAUGGAUGCGUAAGAAGGUAUGAUUUGUGUUCAAACACUCAAGCUAUUGUUGGAAAGCAUGCCGACUCGGUCAUAUAUGUUGAAUAUUCUGAGCAAACUGGCCAAGUUAUUACUGCAGGUCUGGACAAAAAGUUGCUGUUUUGGGAUUUUCACAUGAAAAAGGGAGAUGCUAGAAGCAUAAAAGCAACAGAUUCAGAGGUGUGGUCCAUUUCAAUAUCUGGUCUUCAUUUAUUGGCCGCUAUUGGAACAGAGGUAGUCAUUUAUGACUUGCGCAACAUAGAAAAACCAGUCCAAUCAAAAGACUUCAGCAAAAAGUACCAGAUAUGGCGUGUUCACCCAUUUACUAGUUGCCAAGGAUAUGCAGUGGGAUCUAUUGAUGGAUGUGUUGAGCUAAAAUAUUAUGAUCCUUCAGAGGACUCUGCCAUGGGAUAUGCCUUUUGGUGUCAUCCAAAGUCGAAAGAUCGAUCGUCUCACCUUGUUGCUGUGAAUGAUAUCAAAUUCCAUCCAUUCAACAAGACUUUUGUUACUGGGGAUAAUGAAGGACACACAAUCAUCUGGAAUGCUGAAAGUAGGAAAAGACUGUUUGAGAUUGGAAGGCAUCCUAACAGUGUGGCGUCAUUAGCAUUUAACCAAGGUGGUCAAGUUUUGGCUGUUGCAUCAAGUCACACAUACCAAGAAGCAAAUGAAAUAGAAGAUGUUUCUCAGAUUUUCAUACACAAAUGGGAGGACUUUGCUCUAGCUUGUUCUUCGGAGUCGUAUCGUGACUAGGGACGCAAUGAGCAUGAUUUCUUCCUCCAGACUUUAUAAGAGCAGCAACGCAAGUAUCUCAAGACACAGCAGAAGGGUAGUGUUACUUUGGCUGGGAUUUGGAACUUGAUUUCAGCUGCUCUGUCGUAAUGUUAAUAUUGUCUUGACCCUCUGUUAUAUUUUUCAAAUAACUGGAAAGGUUUGGUUUUUGCAAUUUAGGAUCUUGUGUUCAUUUGGAGACUAAAUUAUCGAGAGGAGCUACUACAACAAUAGAUAUAAAGUUGUAAAUCCUCGAUCCUAAUUAACUUUCGGGUUUUGUCAUACCGGAGAGAAUUUAAGAUGUUAUCAAAGUAAGCACCUAUUUACA